AGCCGGCCUGGCGGGUUCGCGCUCGCCCCCCGCUGCCGCCGCCAUGGGUCUGCCGUCGAUGGGGCUGAGGCGCCGGCCUGCCCCUCGCCUCCCGGCCGCCGCUGCCGCCGCGUCCUCGUCCUCCUCUCCCGGGAGCGAGGCGGCGUCGGGCGAGCCGGGGCGAGCUGCGGCGUGGGACGCGGGCAGCGACUUCGAGGCGGAGGCGGCGGUCGGCCGGCGCGCCAAGCGGCAGGCCCGGCGCCACAGCUGCCCGGUGCCGAAGCGGGCGAGGCCGCGAGCGGCGGGCGAGGCCGGAUCCCGCGGCGGCCCAGGCCUCUUCGAAGCGGUGACGGCGGGCAAGAGCGCCCUGGAGCCCCUGGUGGACGACUGGCUGGAGGGCUACCAGAAGGACCGAGCCUCGGGCUUCCUGGAGCUGGUGAACUUUAUCGUGCGCUCCUGCGGCUGCAGAGGCGUGGUGACUCUGGAGAUGCUUCACAGUCUCCAGAACUCAGAGAUCAUCAAACGUCUGACUGAAUCCUUCCACGAGGAUUCAGCAGAGUACCCACUGUUACUGACCACUCCUGCAUGGCGGCGUUUCCGUGCUGGAUUCUGUGAGUUUAUAGCGGUGCUUGUGCGCCGUGCCCAGCAUAAUGUUGUUUAUGAUGAGUAUUUGAUGGACAGUCUUAUUGCCUUGCUGACUGGCAUGUCUGAUUCUCAAGUGCGUGCCUUCCGUCACACCAGCACCCUGGCAGCUAUGAAGCUGAUGACGGCCUUGGUGUACGUGGCGUUGAGUGUAAGCUUGCAAAAAGACAGUGCUCGGCGACAAUAUGAGACUGAGCGGGCCAAGGGACCAGGCUGCUGGGCCCCAGGGAAGCUGGAGGGGCUGCUGGAGCAGCAUAAGGAGUUCCAGGAGAAGCAAGAAGAGCUAGAGACCUUGAUGAAUGCUCUCUUCAAGGGAGUCUUUGUUCAUCGUUACCGGGACCUCAUACCUGAAAUCCGUGCCAUUUGCAUUGAGGAGAUGGGUCAGUGGAUACAACAUUACACUGCCUCCUUCCUAACUGAUGGUUACCUCAAGUACAUUGGCUGGACUCUGCAUGACAAGCAGGGGGAGGUCCGACUCAAGUGCCUGCUUGCUCUGCAAGGGUUAUAUUGCAGCGGGGAGACUGCAUCGCAGAUGGAGCUUUUCACCAGUCGCUUCAAGGAACGGAUUGUGUCCAUGGUGCUGGAUAAAGAGCCCCAAGUAGCAGUGGAAGCCGUUAGGCUGCUUAUCCUCAUCCUUCAGAAUAUGGAUGGUAUGCUCACAGAUGCUGACUGUGAAAGGGUCUUCCCACUUGUAUAUGCUUCCAGUCGUCCUGUAGCUGCUGCUGCAGGUGAAUUUUUAUACAAAAAGUUGUUAGCACCCAAAGUGAAUGCCAGGAGAGAAUCGGGGGAGUGCCAUGAGGGCACUCGUGUCUUCUUUCAGUUGCUUUUGGUGUUCUUCAUUGAAAGCGAGUUCCAUGACCAUGCAGCCUAUUUGGUAGAUAGCCUGUGGGACUGUGCGUCUGCCCUGCUGAAGGAUUGGCAGGUGCUGACAGGCAUUCUGCUGGAGGACUCUAUAGAAGCAGGUUUGGGUGAUGUAAAGGAGAGCAGCCUCAUUUUGAUCUUGGUGGCCAGCAUGCGGCAAGCCUCAGAAGGACAUCCACCUAUUGGCAGAUUCUCUGGAAAGAAGGUAUUUUCUGCUCGGGAAUGCAAAGUGCGGGCUGAAGACCGUUUAAGGCUCACGCAGCAUUUUAUCCCCCUACUGCCCCAGCUGCUAGCUAAGUUCUCAGCUGAUGCCGAGAAAGUAGGACCUCUCCUGGAGGCUUUGCGUUAUUUUGACCUAACCCAUUACAGCACAGGCCGCCUAGAGAAGUACUUAGAAUUGCUGCUGGCCCAGCUAAAGGAAGUGGUGGAAAAGCACACAAACAGUGAAGUGCUGGAGUUGGCUUCCCAGACCCUCCAUCUGCUCUGCCGUACAGAAUUUGCUUUCUAUAGCCGUGCAGAUUUUGCUCGAAGCUGUAUUAUGGACUAUCUGGCGGAUAAAUUCCAACAUGAGGCUACUGAACUACUCCAGUCCUCAUUUUUUGAGAAGGAGGAGGUGUACAGCAUGGCUACCACUUUAAAACGCAUUGCCUUCUUCCACAGUGCUCACGACCUCACUCCAUGGAGGUUUUUUGAGCCGUGUGUCCAUCUCCUGCGCCACCUGCUGAACAUAGGCGAGGCCCACCAACAGAUGGUGAUCUCUGCCAUGACUUGCUCCUACUUCUCACUGCUCUGGGAACUGUCUCACCAUUCAGCUGGGGCCCCUCCUGGCCAGCAGCAGUUGCUCAGCCUCAAGGAAAAAGUGGCUUCCUUUUGCUCCCUCUGUCAGAGCUGUCUUGUGGAUGUGGAUCACUGUGUCCAGGAGCAGGCCUUUGUGCUGUUGAGUGAUUUGCUCCUGAUCUUCGGUCCACAGCUGACUGACGGAGGGCACCAUGUCCUGCUGGAGUUGGUGUAUCAUCCAGAGUCUGCUCUGCAGUCACAGCUGGCUGGCUUUCUAAUGGACCAUGUCUUCAACCACAGCCAAGCUCAGGAUGAUGAUAGUGAAAAUGAGCUUCAGGUUGAACAACUGCACCGUCGCCGUAAUUUGCUGGCUGGAUUCUGCAAACUUGUUGUCUAUGGAGUUCUGGAACUGAGUGCUGCUUCAGAUGUCUUCAAGUAUUACUCCAAGUUCUACAAUGACUAUGGGGACAUCAUCAAGGAAACCCUGAAUCAGACCCGCCAGAUUGACCGAAUUGAAUGGGCUCGCACACUGCUACUCAGCCUGCAGCAGUUGCUGACCGAACUGUUCUUAGAACAGGGACCGCGAGGCACAGACUCCACUGCGUUCCUGGAGAUCCGAGACUUGGCACGGCGGUUCUCUCUGUUGUUUGGGCUGCACCAGCUGCAGAACCGCCCAGCCCUUGUUGCUUUGCACAAGGAUGGUAUAAAGUUUGCCUUCGAAAAGCCAGCAUCCCCAAACACCAAGCUGGGUCUCAUCAACUUGCCCUUCUUGGAACUGCUAAGUGAAUUUUCUCCAAGGCUGUUGCCUCCUGAUAAGGCUCUGCUCUUCACCUACUUGAAGAAGAUGUGUCAGCCUCAUUUCUCAGAGUACAAAGAUGAACCCUGCUGGUCCUCGCUCCUAGUCUAUCGGCAUUCCCUGAGCCCUCAGAGACGUGCAGCCUUCCAACCUGACUCUGCUGCCAAGAAGAAACGUCUGAAUGAGUCCUCUGAGCACAGUGGCAGUGCCAGCCUCGCCUCCAGCAGCCGCCUGCAGACACCACUGCUGACUUCCACCACCCUGAGAGCCAAGCACAAGCUGCCUGGGCCUCUGCUGGGAGAGGAGAAUUCAGGCAGCGGAUCAGAGUUUGCACAGAGGCUGCACCUGAUUGAAGAGCCAGAGAACAGUGAGGAGAGGGAGGUUUCCUGAAGUUCUUUCGCAGUGGUAUCUCACAGAGGUCUUCCUCACAUCCACCCUGGAGCUGCCGGUCCCAACAGAAGAAAGUUUUAGGCACAGAUUCCCUGCUGGGUAUCUUCAUUAUGUGCCUAGUUUUUUUCAGGAAUGUUUUCUGCUGCAUAGAAUUUGCUUUCUUGCUUGGUCUGCACUGUUUAAUGGGGUUUGUGUAAGAUGUUCCCCAGUUAUCCAUUUUCAUGGUUUUGGCUGUUAAUGCUCAGUGGUUAAAAAAUAAAGCUGUUUAAUUUGGAAUAACAA